CAUUGACAAAAAGGGGCGAAGAGCUGAGAACGUUGUCGGCGCAGUGUGAUUGUUUAUAUGUUAGCAUUUCUAUCAAUAUUUCUGUAUAAUAAAUGGCGUCGACUUUACUUUCACCCAUGGUGGAUUAUUAUAACGACGAGGAAGAGCUAGACAGUGUGGAUGAAGAUGAUGAUCGCAGUUUCAGAGCCAGAGACUCAGAGGAAGACACAGAAGAUGCCAGUGAAACAGAUUUGGCCAAACAUGAUGAUGAUGACUAUGUUGAAAUCAAGGAACAGAUGUAUCAAGACAAGCUCGCCUCUCUGAAAAGACAGCUGCAGCAACUCCAGGAAGGCACACUGCAGGAGUACCAAAAAAGAAUGAAGAAACUCGAUCAACAAUAUAAAGAGAGGCUUCGUAAUGCAGACCUCUUUUUACACCUUGAGACUGAUCAGGUAGAGCGGAACUACAUCAAAGAGAAGAAAGCAGCGGUGAAGGAAUUUGACGAUAAGAAGGUGGAACUGAAGGAAAAUCUAAUUGCAGAGCUGGAGGAGAAGAAGAAGAUGAUCGAGAAUGAGAAAUUAACAAUGGAGCUGACAGGCGAUUCCAUGGAGGUGAAACCCAUUAUGACCCGCAAACUCAGGAGACGACCCAAUGACCCUGUUCCCAUUCCAGACAAGCGGAGAAAACCUGCACCUGAUAUCCCUCAGUUAAACUAUUUACUCACUGAUGAACAGAUCAUGGAGGAUCUAAGAACGUUAAACAAGCUUAAGUCUCCGAAAAGACCAGGUAUGGAGGUUUUGUCUUUAAGAGCCUCCCCGUCCUCGCCUGAGCACCUCCCGUCCACUCCAGUGGACACCCCGUCCCAGCGCUAUGAGGCACGGAUAGAGGAGGGGAAACUCUACUAUGAUAAGAGAUGGUACCAUAAAAGUCAAGCAAUCUAUCUGGAGUCCAAGGAGAAUACCAAGAUCAGCUGUGUCAUCAGCUCUGUGGGGACCAAUGAGAUCUGGGUGAGGAAGACAAGUGACAGCACAAAGAUGAGGAUUUAUUUAGGGCAACUGCAACGAGGGGCCUUCAUCAUCAGACGUCGGUCGGCGGCAUAGACGUCACGACCCAUUCUCUUCCAGUCGUCCUCUUCUAUUUCCUGUCUGAAUCAUUUUUUAUGAACAUUUCAACUCUCUUCCGCUCUCACACUUACAGUGUAGACAUUACCAAAGUAUAUCAUGAACUGUCUCAUUCUACCGACGAGUUCCUUUUUUCUUUGGGGGGGUUUUUCUUUCAUGAUGAAUUUUGCAUUGUACAUUUUGCAUUGUACAGUUUUACUUCACACUGUCUGUCUGGUGUUAAGAUCAACUUCGCUUGUUUCAUUUCAAAAAGCUUCCUAAGAUGAAGAGAGUAGAUGUUAUUAGAGAGAAAACCAUUGUUUUAUUAGCAAAGCAUUUGUAAUUGUUUUUUGUUUUACAGUAUCACUUAAAGGGAUAGUUCACCCAAAAGUCAAAAGUGAUUUCAUCAUUUACUCGCCCUCAUACCAUCCUAGAUGUGUAUGACUUUCAUUUUUCAGUAGAACACAGAGCUUUUUAGAAGAGUGGAGAUACUCUGUAGGUCCAUACAAUGCAAGUGAAUAGUGAUCAGACCUUUUGUAGCUCCACAAAUCACAUAAAGGAAACCUGGCUAAAAGUAAUCCAUAUGACCAAGAUUUAAAUCCAAAUUUUCAGAAGCGAUAUGAUAGGUGUGGAUGAGAAACAGAACAAUAUUUAAGUCCUUUUUUACUCUCAAUAUCCACUUUCACUUUCAGAUAUCAAAGUGAAAAUAAACUGGCACCACAUGUGACUCAGAUGUAAAAGUGAAAGUGGAGAUUUAGAGUUUAGAGCAAUAUAUUUAAGACUUAAAUUUGUAUCAGUUUCUCACCCAGACCUAUUAUAUCGCUUCUGAAGAUAUAGAUUUAACCACAGGAGUUUUUUUUUUUUUAAGCUACAAAGUUCUGAUCACCAUUCACUUGCAUUGUAAGGACCUACAGAGCUGAGAUAUUCUUCUAAAAAUCUUUGUGUUCUGCUGAAGAAAAAGGUCACAUGAGGGUGAGUAAAUGAGAGAAUUUUCAUUUUUGGGUGAACUAUCCCUUUAACAGUCUACUCUCUCCGUUAAGACUCAUUUGAAAGGGCAAGAUUUAAUAUUAGUUUGUCAAUUUUAAUUUUGUAUCCAGUCAAAUGUUAAAUAAAUUUGCCUCAUACAGUGCAAAACAACAUUUGUUUCUGCAGUAUUGCUUGUUUUUGCCCUUUUAAGAGAGCUGUUAUUUGCCCUUGUUUUGAAUGGCUCUUUUUCUUGUACUUGCAGUGAAUGGCAUUCAUUUAUAAUUGUAUUCUAAGCAGAGGGUUUCUUCACAGUAUGACUUGCAAGCAAAUGCAAGUAAAGUGUUUGUGACAACUAUAUAAGCAGGUAGUGACUACCAGUUAAAAGAUUGGACACACCUACUUAUUUUUGUAUUAAUACUAUUUCCCAUGUUUUAGAAUAAUAGUAAAGGCAUCAAAACUAUCAAAUAACACUUAUGUAAGUAUGGGAAUAUUUGUUUUAAUCAAAACUAUCUUAUAUAUUGCAUACUGAGAUGUUUGAGAAUGCAUGAAAAUGGUUUAUUGGUCUCAUGCAUCAUAAUCUGGUCCAAAAUGUUUUUAUUUAAAAACUGGAAAACCUUUUUUUUUUUUUUUUUUUUUAACAAUUUGACUGUUGUUGCCCAUGUAAUUCUGUUGUUUUUAGUCUUUUACCCUCCUGGAUCCACUGUCUGUUUCAAAUUACACCUUAUUUUGGAUGUCCUGUUAUUUUCCUGUCACAUUGAUGUCUGAAUUCCUCUAGAAAUGACAGACAAUUCUUGUACAAAACACAAACCCUUUCUCGAAAACAUGUUUGAUAUUUGAAAUAUAGAUUGCUUCCUUAUUUCUGCUGGUGUGCCUAUUCCAAAAUGACUUGCCAGCAAAUAGUCUUGGGUGGCAAAUCAAAAGAUGAUGACAUGCAGAUUUAGCAAAAUUAUUUUUGCUUUGACAGCAUUUCAAAGUUAAAACUCCUUUUAAAUCAUCAAAUGCUCUUUCUUGCAUGACCACCCCUCUCCCCCAAUAGAAACACUCUUCCAAGACAUCUUGUGUUGGAUAAAACAUGACAAUUCCAAUAUGCUGUUACAAAUAAGUGUGAGAUUGUUAACAAAGCCUGCUUCUACAGCGUGAUCUUUUGAAACACUCCGAGACGGUCUUUCCACAUUGCCAUCACCAAACUGACACGAUGACAGCAAAACUAGCAAAUGUUGCACUUCAAUCUGUGACAGUGCUGUUGAAAACGUCACAUUGAUUCCCACUUUUUCAUCCUUGUACGGUCAAUUUACCAGCAAGUAAAACUGAAAACAUUUUUAAAGUCUCUACUUCACACUGAAUGAAUCCACGAAAACUCGUUUGGUCUUUUUUUGCAUUAAAGUAUGCAUGGUUCCUGCAGGGCCAUUUAACAUGAUAUAAAUCACCCUUCUAAUCGAUGAUUCCCAAUUAUUGAAAUCAAUAUUGUUAAGGGUCAGCAAGGGUAGUAUUAGAUGAAAAUACAUAGUUGCCACUACAUAAAUGUUUACAAUAAGUACUCGCUAUUUUAUUCCCCAUAUAGUCUUAACCAUUUAUUUCCUCUUAGGAAAAAAGGAUUUCAUUAAGGGUUUUCAGUGCCACACAGUUAAUGCCCCUUAUUAGGAAUGGCAUCGAUACCCUAUAAAUCGUAAUACCUGCAGGUCUCACAGAGAUGGGCUAAAAACUGAUGAUUCCCUGGACACUAGCAGUGCUACUUUUGGCUAUUCUCUAUCCUGGUUUCACUCCUGUCUGAAUCAGUUUCAUGCAGUCUUGCACACCAGAUGCUCAGCAAUUCCCUGUUACCCUCUGAAUCUCCUGCCGCCCCAUGGGACGUCUGGCUGGGUGAAAUUUGCUCCCUGGGCUGUUAUGGCUUGUUAAGAGGAAUAGGAUUUUGAUAUCCACUAAGGGUCACUCUGCAUUUUUGUGUUUUGCUGCCGCCUUAUCUCUCCAUGGCAGACCUGCUUUUAGUUGUAUGAAAGAAAUAACUCUUUGAAGGGUUCUGCUGUAGUAAUCUUGGUGGAGUGUACAAGUUUAGACUCAUCAUGAGGACAAUAGGUGUUUAUACAACAGUAUUCAUAAAGGGCAUAAGUCUUUCUAUUCCUCUUGUAACCUUAUGUUCAGAAGCAGUUGAAAGAAAUGUUCCUGGUUUAAUACAAGUUAAGUUCGAUUGACAUCAUUUGUAGCAUUGAUUACCACAAAAAAUAAAUAAAUAAA